AGAGGAAACAGAAAACCCCUGUGACUCAGAAGGCGGGACCUCGUUUCUCAAUUGGCCACUGCGUGCACAGUCUGGCGGGAGAUUCCAGCAUGGCGGUGCAACCAAAGCAGAACCUGUCUAUGGACAGUGCGUCCGAAUCUGGUUUCUUAAACUUUUUUUUCUCUAUGCCGGAAAAACCAGACACUACAUUUAGGGUUUUUGAUCGCAACGAUUACUACACUGUGCAUGGAAAAGAUGCCAUCUAUGCAGCAAAAGAGGUUUUCAAGACUAAUCAAGUCGUCAAAAAUCUCGGAUCAGGGAGCAAGAAACUUGAGAGCGUGGUCCUCAGUAAAAUGAACUUCGAGUCUUUUGUGAGAGAUCUGCUCCUCGUUCGCCAGUACCGCGUCGAAGUGUACAAGAACAAGGCUGGCGGCAAGAGUACCAAAGAGCAUGAUUGGCAAGUGGAAUACAAGGCAUCACCUGGAAAUCUGUCCCAGUUUGAAGAGAUCCUGUUUGGUGGUGGUGGGGCUCCAGGGGAAGGUGUGGCAGGAGUGGUCGGGGUGCGUGUGGGCUCUGGGCCUGAUGGGCAUCGUGUGGUCGGCGUGGGUUAUGUCGACUCCACCCUCAGGAAAGUUGGUGUUUGUGAGUUUCCCGACAACGACCAGUUCUCCAACUUGGAGGCCUUGCUGGUGCAGAUGGGACCAAAGGAGUGUGUGUUGCCAAUCGGGGACGCAGGGGGAGACACAGGCAAGCUCCGACAGGUUGUCCAGCGAGGAGGAAUCCUAUUGUCGGAUAGAAAGAAGUCCGAGUUUACCACAAAGGACAUUGUCCAGGAUUUGGACAGACUGUUGAGAGCUCGCAAGGGUGAGACUGUCUCCAGUGCUGCCCUGCCUGAGAUGGAGAAACAGAUUGCCAUGUCCUCCCUGGCAGCAGUCAUCAAGUUCCUAGAGCUUCUGUCUGACGAAGCAAACUUCAACUCCUUCCAGAUCACGACUUUUGACCUAAACCAGUACAUGCGUCUGGACAACGCUGCUGUGAACGCGCUCAACCUUUUCCCUGGGUCGGACACGACUGUGGGCUCCCACUCCCUGUCAGGCCUUCUGAACAGGUGCAGGACCCCACAGGGCCAACGCCUUGUUAACCAAUGGAUCAAGCAGCCUCUGAUUGACAAGAAUAAGAUCGAGGAGAGGCUGAAUCUUGUGGAAAGCUUUGUGGAGGACUCUGAACUGAGGCAGAGCUGUCAGGAGGACUUGCUCCGGCGCUUCCCUGACCUCAACCGCCUGGCCAAGAAGUUCCAGAGGCACAGUGCCACCCUGCAGGACUGCUACCGCGCCUACCAGGCCGUGGGUCAGCUCCCUGCGCUGGUCCUGGCCCUGCAACGCUACAGUGGGAAACACGAGGUGCUGUUGAAUGCUGUUUUUAUCACUCCACUCAAUGACCUCAUCUCCGAUUUCUCCAAGUUCCAGGAGAUGAUUGAAACCACGCUGGACAUGAAUCAGAUUGAGCACCAUGAGUUCCUGGUGAAGCCCUCAUUUGACCCGACACUGAGCGAGCUCAGGGAGAACAUGGACAGGCUGGAGAAGGGCAUGCAGUCAGCGCUGACCAGUGCUGCCAGGGAACUGGGCCUGGAUGGAGGAAAGACUAUGAAGUUGGAGUCCAAUGCCCAGAUUGGCUACUUUUUCAGAGUGACCUGUAAGGAAGAAAAGAGUCUGAGGAACAACAAGAAGUUCACCACACUGGACGUACAGAAGAAUGGCGUGCGCUUCACUAACAGCAAACUGAGCUCACUAAAUGAAGAGUACACGAAGAGCAGAGAGGAGUAUGAAGAGGCCCAGAAUGCCAUCGUGAAGGAGAUCCUCAGCAUUGCCUCAGGCUACAUGGACCCGCUGCACACACUGAACGAGGUGACUGCCCAGCUGGACGCAGUGGUGAGUUUUGCGCUGGUGUCCAACGCUGCCCCGGUGCCAUACGUGCGGCCACGCAUACUGGACAAGGGCUCAGGCCGCCUGUUCCUCAAGGGCUCCCGCCAUCCCUGUGUGGAGGCACAGGAUGAUGUGGCUUUCAUCCCCAAUGAUGUGUCCUUUACUCGCGCCCAGGAGACCUUCCACAUCAUCACAGGUCCUAACAUGGGGGGCAAGUCUACCUACAUCCGCCAGGUGGGAGUGAUUGUGCUGAUGGCGCAGAUCGGCUGCUUUGUGCCGUGCGAGGAGGCGGAGGUGAGCGUAGUGGACAGCGUGUUGGCACGUGUGGGUGCUGGAGACAGUCAGAUCAAGGGUGUGUCCACCUUCAUGGCUGAAAUGCUGGAAACGGCAGCCAUACUCCGCUCAGCCACAGAAGACUCCCUCAUCAUCAUUGAUGAGCUGGGCCGGGGCACUUCCACCUAUGAUGGAUUUGGCCUGGCCUGGGCCAUCUCUGAGUUCAUCGCCACUGAGCUGCGCUCCUUCUGCCUGUUUGCUACGCACUUCCACGAGCUGACCGCACUGGCCCAACAGCUGCCUACCGUCCACAACCUGCAUGUCACUGCCCUGACCUCCCACGACACACUCACCAUGCUCUACAGGGUCAAGAAGGGCGUGUGCGAUCAGAGCUUUGGGAUCCAUGUGGCGGAACUGGCCAACUUCCCUCCACAUGUGAUCGCCAGCGCGCGGGAGAAAGCCCUGGAGCUGGAGGAAUUCCAGGACCUCGCCCCUCGGGAGACUGAACGGGAAGGUGACACUGAGGGACCUGAGGCCAAGAGACGCUGCCUUCAGAAGCAGGAGGGGGAGCGUCUGAUCGAGGGUUUCCUGGCGCAGGUAAAGGCCUUGCCCCUGAAGGGCUUGACUGAGGAGGCUGUCAAGCAACGACUCUCUGAACUCAAGGCUGAGCUCACAGCUCACAAUAACAGCUUUGUCAACGAGAUCGUGAAUCGGGCUUCUGGCAGCAAGCUGGUCACCACCUAAGGGUCAGGUGCUCCUGCCGUCACAUGUUUGCUCCCACCUGUACAGCAGUUACAUUCAACCUAUAAUCUACAUUAGAUAAAACAUUAGUGAGCUGUUUUAGAAAUGUCUUAUUAAUUGUCUUUUCCAUGUUUGUGUAUGUACUUUUUUUCGCCGAGUAAAAAUAUUUUCUGCACAAUCUAAGAUUGGUUUGU